AGCUCUGUGUCAAAGGAAAAGUUAACCUAUUGAAACUCAUCGUGUAAACUGGUCCAGUAGUAGCCUAUGAAUUGGUCCUAUGAAUUCCACUGCUGUAUGACCAACCGGACAUCCCACAGACAUGCACAAGUUACCUACAGUUACAGUUUAUUCCAAACCGUUAGGCUGCCGUGUCAUCACUGUCACUGCCGCUGUGAAUUUGAGAGAACAAGCAAUUUCGCGGAAAUAGGGGUGCCAAAUAUGAGGAAACCUACUUUGUUAGGUCUAUAGUAUUGGUAACGAUUAUGAUGUAAUUUUCGUGUCUAAAGUUAUUUACCCUCUACUUUGAAAUAGCCACGGCCUACUUGGUUUGAGAAGUAGCAUUGAGUUCAAGAAUUUAAGAUGCGGUGAUAAAGUCUUUGUUAUGCUGACCUCGGCGUUAGGGCGGGUGGUGUUAACUGCUGAUGACAGCGAGUAAUUGAUGCGAAAUGUGACCAGGCGACUAAAUAAAGCUUCACGGCUUUCUUCUUUCAUGCAAUUUGUCUGCCGGGAAACCUCAUUCUCUCAACAUGCCGCUGACUAAUCUAAACUUCAAAAAGGGUUGGCUAUUCCGGCUGGAUGAGGAUGAUGAGUGGAGAAAAUACUGGUUCGUUUUGACUGAUUUGGGGCUGAAAUACUUCAUAGACUCCCUGGCAGAGGAGAGAGAUGAACCAGAGGGAGAGAUUGACUUGAGUUCUUGUGUGGAUGUCAUUGAGUCUGAUGUGGAGAAGAACUAUGGGUUCCAGGUCCAUACCAAAGCGUCUGUGAUAACCUUGUCUGCCAUGACCUCCCGGAUCAGGAGGAACUGGAUUGAGAUUUUAAGGAGGAAUAUUUUUUCAGGCAAUCCCCCUGACCAAUGCCAUGGCUCAAGGGCUGAGAUCCGAGUCUCUAAGGCCAGUUCCCCAGGUCAGGAUCAGGAUCAGGAUCAGGAUCAGGAGUCAACUCUAGUGACAGCUCCACUGACCAAUCAGAGAGAGGCAGGGGAGGGGCGUGACCGAGAGCAGGAGAAGAAGCUGGAGGAUCGUACCAAGUGGUUCCAGGAAGGUGUGAUGAUGAUCAGUGAUGGGUUGAACAGCAGGUGGGACACAAUUGAACUAAAAAAGGGGACGUCCCAAACAACAGUUCAAUUUGCUGAGAAUAUUGUUGUAAGAGGCAAAGACAUUGACGGGAAAUGGGAAGAUUUUGAGCGGCUGCCAUUUGGAGAGAUGAAGUCCCCUCGUCUGGACGGCUCCUCAAACUAUGAAUCGACUAAUGAGGGAGAGGUUUCGUCACCGAGACAACAGAGAGACGCUUCGUGCUUUGGAAAGACAGAAGGCAGCUUGAGCACUGGUGCAGGGGGCCCCUGUGUUGGGGGCCCCUGUGUGGGGGGCCCCUGUGUGGGGGGCCCCUGUGGCCCCGGCGCUCCGUGUGGCCCUCGGCUGAGAACUCUGGAGCAGCUCUAUAAAGCGACCCUGGAGACGGCGCAAAAGGAACACGAAAGACAGAUGGAGAAGCUCCAGAAAGAAAAGGAGUACCUCUUGACGGAGGAAGCUCAGGCUGCUGCCAAGACCAUUGAGGCUUUGAAGAAGGCCCAUCGAGACGAGCUGGAGGACGCCAGGAGACCGGCAGGAAGAGAAGGCCUAACAGAGAGGAGAAAGCAGUCGUCAGAGGUGGAUGAGCUUCAGGUGGAGCUGGAUGGGCUGUCUGAAAGGUACUCUGAGAAGUGUGUGGAGCUCAAACACGUCCAGCAGAACAGUGAAGAGAGGAACGCGGAGAUCAACAGGACAGAGACGGACAUAGAACACCUCAGGAAAGAAAACCAGGAACUGCAGUCCCGGUUAACAGAAGAGAUUACUCUCAUGCGUUCCUUCAUCACAGGUCAAAAGUCGCAGUCACAGUUCAUCUCUCAUGGAAAUCACGAGCAAAGCUCUGAUAUGGAGGUGCUACUACGAGCAAAGGAAAAUGAGAUUCUAUACCUCAAGAAGGAGAUCAGCUGUCUGAGAAAUGAAGUCGCCUCUCUAACGAAGGAGAAGGAGUCUGUGUGUGAGCGCUUUAAGGAGGUGUACGUGGAGCUCAGCCGGGUGAAGGGAGCCAGUGAGAGGGAGAUGGGUUGUCUCCGGGAGCAUCUCAGUCUCACCAGGGCGGCCAUGCAGGAGCAACAGCUCAUGAGAAACAGCUCAUAGCUCAGAGCUCCAGCCUCCUGAUGCAGCUACCGCAGGCUUCCAUCCAUUCAGUGCAAAUUUCAACAAGCUCUUUUGUUGAAUUAUUUUGAAUGAUGUUAUUAUAACAGGCCAC